UUCUCAGUGCGGGGCUGCCGGACCAGGGCAGCCACUCAGCCCACGCAGGAUAGGUAAGUGCGCGCGCACGAAAAAAGCUCGCAAUCUGAGAGAAUCAAGGAGAGCUUCAGAACGAAAGAGGAAGAGGACAAGUAGCUAGCGGCGGCUCUGCGGGAGCGGCGAUGAUGGCGGCCGAGGUGGUGUGGCUGCUGCUCUUGCUCGCUCACGAGCUCCUGCCGUGCCCCUGCGCGGCCUCGGCCGUUGACCGCGGCCAGUUCCCUGACAGCUUCCUGUUCGGGACCUCCACCUCCGCAUACCAGAUUGAAGGCGCAUAUUUGGAGGGUAACAGAGGCCUCAGCACUUGGGAUGUAUUCUCCCAUAAGCUAGGUACAAUCGAGGAUGGAAGCAACGGUGAGACUACUGCUGAUCACUAUCAUCAUUACUUGGAAGACAUUGAAUUGAUGCAUUCCUUGGGUGUCAACUCAUACCGGUUCUCUACGUGGACAAGAAUUCUACCAAGAGGCCAAUUCGGACAUGUUAACCUGGAUGGCAUAGCAUUCUACAAUGAUCUGAUUGAUGCACUUCUGCAAAAAGGCAUACAACCGUUUGUUACAAUAUCACAUUACGACAUUCCACAAGAACUGGAAAUGCGAUAUGGUGGAUGGCUGAGCCCCGAAAUUCAGAAGGACUUUGGCUACUUUGCAGAAGUAUGCUUCAAGAUGUUUGGUGAUCGAGUAAAAUUUUGGAUAACAUUUAAUCAGGCAAAUCUGUCCUUGAAGUUCAGUUAUAUGGAUGGAUGGUACCCACCCAGUCGCUGCUCUCAGCCAUUUGGUAAUUGUGGCUUUGGGAAUUCCACAACAGAGCCAUACAUAGCAGGACACAAUAUGAUAUUGUCGCAUGCAAAUGCAGUCAGUGUCUACAGAAAAAGAUAUCAGGAGAAACAAGGUGGUCAUAUUGGAAUUUCUAUUUGCGCAAUAUGGUAUGAACCAUUCGGGAAUACCACAGCAGACAUCUUAGCAGUUGAACGUGCUUUAUCUUUUGGUGGUCCAUGGUUUUUGGAUCCUUUAAUUCUUGGUGAUUAUCCCAUAGAGAUGCGCAAGAUCUUAGGUUCAAACUUACCUGAAUUCAAAUCCAAACAGAAGAAGCUGCUAAAGGCCACAGGAUUGGAUUUCAUUGGACUAAAUCAUUAUACGACAUUAUAUUUGAAGGACUGCAUCUUCUCACCAUGUGAAGUAGAUCCUGUUGAUGGGGAUGCUCGAGUUUUUAGUUCAGCAGUAAGCGAUGACGGAGUACUUAUUGGUGAAGCGACAGGAGCGCCGUUCUAUUAUUCUGUUCCAGAUGGGAUGGAACAAGUGGUCAUGUAUUACAAAGAAAGAUACAAUAACACACCAAUCUAUAUUACAGAAAAUGGUUAUGCUCAAGGAAGCAAUAGCAGCAUGAGUGCCAAGGAUUUUACCAACGAUACUCCAAGGAUUAACUACAUUCGUGACUACCUGACCUUUUUAGCCUCAGCCAUAAGAAACGGUGCCGACGUGCGCGGUUACUUCAUAUGGUCUUUGUUGGAUUGCUUUGAGUGGACGUCUGGGUACACGCUAAGGUUGGGGCUCUGUCAUGUCGACUUCAACACGCUGAAGAGGACUCCAAAACUUUCGGCCAACUGGUUCAGGAAGUUUCUCAAGGGAUCACUUGUUGGGACAAGGCUCCGAGACAAAAGUUCCCAGCUGCAGCACUACACGGCAUAAUGAUCCAUGACCGUUCUCUCCUCAUCGGAUUGCUGUGUGAAAAAGCUAGUAUGCAUGUUUGAUUGCGUUGAAUAAAUUGGAGUGAAGCCCCUCUUGUUCGACUCACUCUGGAAACUGCAAUCAAAUCCUCCAUCGAGUGUACGACACACGUGUUUUGAGGGGUUGUUUUCAUUUUGAAGGAUGCCGUGUAUUGAGUUUGGGCAGAACACUGGGCACAAACGUCAUUAGUGGAUUUCAUCAGCGGUGCGAUGUAUGUAUGUAUGUAUGACUUAUAAAAAUUAAAUAACAUUUACUGCCAUAAGCAUAAACACACACAAAUCAAAGUUGUCCUCAAUCA